AGCAAGAAGAAGAAGGCGGUGCAAAGCAGACUGAAUGAAGAUGAGAAAAUGUGCUACAAGAUGUAGGAGCUACAGGAUGUGCUGGAGUACCUAGAAGACGUGCUGGAGGUGCUAUGGCCCCCAAAAACCAUCCACGCUCCUGUCGGGCUGCAUCCUCUUCCCACCUGAGAGCAUGGAGGAGGUCAUCAAGCUCAAAGAAAGCCCGCCAACUCUGUUGGAGCGGAGGGUCCGCCAUCGGCAGCUGGCCCUUUCUGUCCUCAAGUCCAAGCUGAAGCAGGGCGUGAGCUGCUCCGUGCCCAGAGUGCGCUCCACCUUGUCCGGGUUCUUCCCGGUGGUGCGCUGGCUGCCCAAGUACAAACUGAGGGAGUAUGUGUGGGGGGACGUCAUGUCUGGUUUGAUUGUGGGCAUCAUCUUGGUACCACAAGCUAUCGCCUACUGCCUGCUGGCUGGAGUGGAGCCCAUCUAUGGCUUAUACACCUCUUUUUACGCCAACAUCAUCUACUUCCUCAUGGGCACAUCCAGACAUGUUUCUGUUGGCAUCUUCAGCCUGAUGAGCCUCAUGGUUGGACAGGUGGUUGACAAAGAGGUCUUUCUGGCUGGUUUUGACCUCAAUGAGGAUCUUCUAGGCUUCAAUGCUUCAUUGAGGACCAACUUCACUGGCCAUGAUUCUCAUAGCGUGGAGCUAUUGGGUGUGCAAUGUGGGAAGGAGUGCUACGCCAUUAGCAUCGCAGCUGCUCUCACUUUCCUGGCUGGUAUCUACCAGGUCUUGAUGGCCGUCUUUGGUCUAGGCUUCGUCUCAGUCUAUCUUUCCACUCCCAUGCUGGAUGGUUUCGCCACAGGAGCGUCUUUCACCAUCCUGACCGUGCAAGCCAAAUAUCUCCUCGGUCUGAAGAUUCCUCGCCAUCAGGGCUACGGCACCGUUCUCGUAACCUGGUUCAAUAUCUUUGCCAACAUCCACAAGACCAACGUGUGCGACCUUGUCACCAGCGCCAUCUGUAUCGCCAUACUAGUAACAGGCAAGGAGAUCCAGGAGCGCUACAAAGACCGCCUAAAGAUUCCUCUGCCGACAGAACUGGUUGUGGUCGGCGGAGCCACGCUGGCCAGUCAUUUUGGGAACCUCAACCAUCUUUAUGGCUCCAGUGUUUCAGGACACAUCCCCACCGGUUUCAUCCCUCCUCAGGUGCCCAACUUUGGUCUGAUGCCCAGAGUGGCCCUGGACGCCAUCCCUCUGGCUGUCAUCAGCUUUGCCUUCACUGUGUCGCUCUCUGAGAUGUUUGCCAAGAAAAAUGGCUACACAGUGCGUCCCAACCAGGAGAUGCUGGCCAUCGGCUGCUGCAACAUCAUCCCCUCCUUCUUCCACUGCUUCACCACCAGUGCAGCUCUGGCCAAGACCAUGGUCAAGGACUCCACAGGCUGCCAGACACAGGUCUCCAGCCUCAUCAGCGCCGUGGUGGUCCUGCUGGUCUUGCUCUUCUUCGCCCCGUACUUCCACGCCCUGCAGAAGUGUGUCCUGGCCUGCAUCAUCAUCGUCAGCCUUCGUGGAGCGCUGCGCAAGUUCAAGGACGUCCCGUCUAAGUGGCGCGCCAGCAAAAACGACGCUGUGGUGUGGUUGGUCACCGUGUCGGCCACCGCUCUCAUCAGCGUGGAGCUGGGCCUGCUGGUGGGAAUCACCUUCUCCAUGAUGUGCAUCAUCUACAAGACCCAGAAACCUAAGGUGUCUCUCCUGGGCCGGGCCAAUGACUCUGAACUUUACGAAGACGUGGAGGAGUACCAAAACCUGGUCCCGCCACUCCGCAUCAGGAUCUUCCGCUUCCAGGCUCCUCUCUACUACGCCAACAAGGACGUCUUCUUGGCCUCCCUCUACAAGGCUGUGGGGGUGACUCCUUUCUUGGAGAAGACCAGGAGGAGGAAGGCGGAGAAGAAGGCCAAGAAGAUGUCCACCACGCAGGCGAACGGGGACACCACCAACGGGGAGGUUGUAGUCGGACUCGUUCGGAGAGAACCUGACUUCCACACCAUUAUUUUGGACUGCUCUGCCAUCUCUUUCAUAGACUCUGCCGGCAUGGCCGCCUUUAAGGGUCUGCUCCAGGAGUUUGACCAGAUCGGCGUCAGAGUGGUCCUUGCGGGCUGUAACACCUCGCUGGUGGACGCUCUGCAGAAGGGACAGUUUUUUGGCAAAGAGAUGAGGAACAUGCUGUUCCACUCUGUCCACCAUGCCGUCCUGCAAACUAACUCAAUGGCAGCAGACGACAACGUUGUGUAGAAGGAAGCUUUGCAGAGAACAAACUGGAUGGAAAGCUAGUCUGUAGAGCUCAGUGGGUCAAUGAUUAGUGCAGGCUAACCUGUGGCAGGUCCUUCAUCAGGGGCCAAUGAUUAGUGUAGGCUAACCUGUGGCAGGCCCUUCAUCAGGGGCCAAUGAUUAGUGCAGGCUAACCUGUGGCAGGCCCUUCGUCAGGGGUCUUCCAGUGGUCCAAGGGCCAGUAUUAGUAACGCAUACUAACUAUUCUCCUCAAUCGUGACUUCCUUGUUCACAAUCGUAUCACAAUCAUCUUUAUUGGCCAACAAGGAAUUGGACUUGUCAGCAAAACAAUUAGCAUGUUUGUCUGAUCAAGAAACAGUUUGUCCAUUCACACACACACACAACACUGUUUGACAAAGUCAAAGCAAAAACAACCAAUGAAUUCAUUGCUAUGAAUAUGCUGAAAUAAUGGAGGUCUUUCAUACCAAAGACUAGCGUACAAGGGUCUCUGAGCUUCAUCCUUUGGGUGCUGCCUAGGAAAGGCAAUAUUUCACACACUGGUCAUGCAUUUCCACACUUGGGAAAUGGAUCACUCUAGCCUUCCUCAGAGGAAGAAGAGUAUUAACAAAAAAACACCCUCUCAUAAAAGGAAAACAUUGAUUGACUUCCUGUAACUAAUGAUGAAAGAACAUGGUCUUUACAUUCUGUCUCUAAGUUGAACUGUGGACUCUUCACUUCCUUUGUCAGGUUCAGGGGAUCAACUCCUGUAGGAAUAUUCAAAUACCACCAACUCAUGUGCAGAAGUUCUUAUAAACAUUCAUUACACACUUAGCAGGGGAUCAAUAGACAAGUACCACCAACUCAUGUGUAGAACUUCUUUCAAACAAACUGUAGACCUUUGCCCAGUGUGUUAAUAAUUGCACUAAUCCAUGUGGCCAGAGUCCAGACUUGGUGAUUUAACAGACACUAAUAAUUACCUCAGGCCUAAAAAUCAUUUCUUAGAACUAUGUUCAUGAUUAUGUUGCUGAAAUAAACACUUUCAAACUCUCUACUUUGGAACAAUAUGUAUCCUAGGUUUCCCCAAGAAAUAGAAGAACAUCCCCUUGGGUUUUCAAUAAGAGUAAAACAGAUUAUUUUGUACUGCAAA